AUGAUUAUCCUUGAGCAACAGAAUCGCAUCAUCACAGAGCUGUUAGAACUCAAGUUCAACAAUGCUAUAGAAGGAGGUAAGCCAGAUGUAGUUGAUACUCGUUUUGCUGAUUUUGAUGGUGUUUUGUACCAUUUGUCCAACCCUGGAAAUGAUAAAACUAAGAUUAUGCUCAGCAUUUCUCUUAAGUUCUUCCAAGAGUUACAGCAACACAAUGCUGAUGAUCUAAUCAAACGUGAGUAUGGUGACCGUCUAGUCUCCCCUGAACCAGGGUUCAAUGUGUCCGUUGUAUAUGAUUUAACAACACUUCCAUCUGAUCCAGCUGCACUAUCAGCUCUCAUUUCCAAGGCUUCUGCUCUGAAACGUAAUUGCUUCGCAUCCGUUUUUGAAAAGUAUUUUGAAUUCCAAAAAGCUGGGCUAGAAGGACAGAAACGGGCCGUCAUCAACUAUCGUGAUGACGAAACUAUGUAUAUUGAAGCUAAGAGUGACCGUGUAACAGUCAUCUUCAGUACUACUUUCAAAGAGAAAGAUGAUAUCAUCAUUGGCAAAGUUUUCUUACAAGAAUUCUGUGAAGGUCGUAAAGCUAGUCAGACAGCCCCUGCUGUCUUGUAUACUAUCGGAGAACCACCUUUAGAACUUCGUGAUCAACCAGGUGCCAAUGUUGGAAAGAAUGUUGGAUACAUCACAUUUGUGCUCUUCCCUCGACACACGAAUGAUAGAGCGAAAGACAACACCAUUGACCUGAUACAUACAUUCAGGGAUUACUUACAUUAUCACAUAAAAUGCUCAAAGGUGUACAUGCACUCAAGAAUGAGAAAGAAGACUAGCGACUUUUUGAAAGUUUUGAAUCGUGCCAAACCCGAAGUCAAAACCGAGAGGAAGACUUUCAGCGGUCGUACAUUCCAAACGAACUGA